GCCAAGGUGGAAACCAUCCAUUGGCCCUCUUUGGCUGAUUUCCCUUUCAGGUCUCAUCUGCCAGAGCAGCAGAUGCUUCCUGGGUGCCCUGGUCUGACAGGGAAGAGAGGGGAAGACAUGGGAUGGAGAUGGAUUGAGCAAUCAUGGAUCCUUGCCAAGGCGCAGACACCGUCAGGCGUGGGAAGUGCUGAACCUUCCCUCUGCCCCCGCCCUCCCUCUCUCCACACUGCUUCGGGCUUGCUCUGUUUUGGCAGGAACCCACAUUCUCAUCACCCCUCUCCUCCCCUUGGCUCAGCUGCAGCGGCUCCUCCCGGCUCCUCUUCUCCUGGCGGCACCAGGAACAUUCCCCUGCAGGCUGUGGGACCGCUGCUUGGAAACCCAUCGCUGGAAGCAGAGAAGGAGCCCAGGGUGCUGCUGCACCUGCAUGGAAGAGACCUUCAUCCCUGCUCUGCUACCAGGGCAAAGCACGGACAUGCAGCCUGUGCCCCUGCACAGCCUUUCGGAGCUGGAGAGAGCCAGUCUGCAAGAGAUUGCCCUGUACCAGCUGCAGGAGAAGCUGCUCCUGGGAGAUCUGAGCCUGGCUAAAGCCAGACCUAAAGGCAGCAAAUCCAUCCGCCAGAAGCUGGAGAGCUUCUCGAAGGAGAAGAAGGACUGCUCCCCUCAGACCUUCGGGAUCCCGCUCUCCCAGGUCAUCGCCAAUGACCGAGUGCACCGGCAGCUGCAGGAGGCGGUGAGGAGCAGCCGCCGGCUCUGCCUGGAGGUGGAGGCGACCGUGAGGACAUUCCAGGCCCAGAGGCACCAGAGGAUGGGCAGGAGCCUGGUGCCCUGUGGGGCCCUCCCUAAGGAGCCGCUUCCCCCUGCUCUGCCCAGCAGCGAGUCCUGGCGCCAGCGGAGGGGCGCGAUGUCCGUGGACUCCAUCACUGACCUGAGUGACAACACCUCCAAGCUGCUGGAGGCUCUGCAGUUGUCACACCCACAUGAGCUGGGUCCAGGGAGGAGCCUGGGCAAGAAGAAAGUGUUGAGCCUCAACCCCAUCACCUGGCAGGUCCCACGGAUCGUGGACAGAUGCUGCAAACACAUUGAGAUGCACGGUCUCCACACUGUGGGCAUCUUCCGAGUCGGAAGCUCCAAGAAAAGAGUUCAGCAGCUGAGGGAGGAGUUUGACCGAGGACUGGACGUGUUCCUGGAUGAGCAUCAAAGUGUUCACGAUGUGGCUGCUCUGCUCAAAGAGUUUCUUCGAGACAUGCCGGAUCCCCUGAUUCCCAGAGAGCUCUACUCAGCCUUCCUCAGCACAGCCUCCAUGGCGGGCACGGCCCAGCUGGGGGCGCUGCAGCUGCUGCUGUUCCUGCUGCCGCCGGGCCACAGCGACACCCUGCGGCGGCUCCUGCUCCUGCUGGCCGAGGUGGCGCGGCACGCGCGGGGCUCCCGCCGCCCCGACGGACGCGAGAUUCCUGGGAAUAAAAUGACAGUUUCAAACUUGGCCACGAUCUUUGGUCCCAACAUCCUGCAGAAAGAGAGGCCUGGAGAGAAAGACGCUGCUGCUAUGAACUAUGAGGACAGCGCUGCAGUCAUACUGGUGCUCCAGAGGCUGAUUGAGCAUCACGAGACCCUGUUCAUGGUGUCCCCCGAAAUGCAGCAACACAUCCUCAGGAGGCUCUUCCAGACAGACCCCGACAUCAUCAAGUACCUGCUGCGCCGGAGGCUCCGUGCUGCGCCGAGCACAGAGAGUGAGGAUUCAAGAGAGGAGCACGCUCCAUCCCUGCUGCCAGAGUGCACCCGCAGCCUGGAGAGCAGCUCUCUCUCAGCGGAGCUGUACAGCAGCAUCUCAUUCCUAAACCUGGAUGUUGGCAUCUAGCAGUGCUGGGCCAGCCCCUCUGCACUGCGGACAGGACUGGGGAGCUUGGCAACCCUUCUGCACGAGCCACGUCCUCUGUGCCAUGUCAGAGCAGUGGAGCUGUGACAGGAGCAUGAGCACCUGCUGGAGCCCCUUUGCCACCAGCGGACAAUCCGAUGGCAUGCAGGCUGGAGAGCAGCAGGCUGGUGUCUGACAGACUGGGGGAUGCGACCUGGAGGUCCAGAACUGAUCCCAUCUGGUGUAGUUCCAGGCACUGGUCAGGCUGGCGGCUUACAGAGAUGGGGGAGCAAUACCUUGGGGCCGAGCCCCGCUGUGCAGAGGAGGAGGAUACUGUCCUGACGCCGAGUGGAUGGGGAAUGUUAGCAGGGCAGUGAGGAUGGAAAAUGCAGCUGGGGUUUGGGAUAUCACUUACCACGUGCUGUUGUGUGGAGAGAAAGCUCUCCUGGAGCUGGAGGAAUGCCCAUGGAGCUACAGGAACAGCAACCCCGGUGCAAAGACACCCCAGCCUGCUCCGUUCAGACUGAAUCACAGGUUUCUUCUUUGUUUUAACCCUGUUUAAGAUUGCUAAUGUUACAGAUAGUAAAACACUGUAUCAACCCCAAAAUACAUGGCUGGUGUAGCAGGAGAGCACAGUAUGCUCUGAGGACUAUAAACUUCAAUUUUGCUUAAAUUCAUAUUCAGUAGGUUAGACCUUCUGAUGUAUUUUACACAUUAUGGUGUCAUUUCAUGAUCUUUGGCUGUGAAA